AAAUUUUCCUCAGUCCUGUCACUGUUAUGGUAACGGACUCAGGCUGCCCCUGCAUUUUCAUACCCCAUUCAGACCCCAUUCCCAAACCUAGAUCAAUCUAGCAGGAUCGAUCCAUCUCCGAGGGGAUUCUCCCUCAAUUGUUUCAGCUUAAGCGGCUUGGGUGUCUGGUACGCCUACUGAAGCGACUAAACCAUAGUUAAUUACUCCCUAGCUUUAGUAGCGAGAAACCGCUAGGAGAUGGGUUGAUCCUACUAGAUCGAUCUAGGUGUGGGAACAGGGUCUUACAGGUGUGGAGCUGUUUAGCACGUGCCAUCUCAUCCACUCACUGCUCAAUGGAGGAAUUUUGAAAGGGAUAAAUGAAUGUAAUUUUUUGCCAUUUUGUAACUUGUAUAAGUCGAUUUAAUGGACAGUUUAUUCUUUGUGUGAUCAAUACUAAAGCAAUGUAAUUGUAUAUAUAUAUAUAUAUAGUAGUGCUCUUUGGAACUGAAAUGGGGAAUAUGACGGUAAAAAUAAUUCCAUACCCGCAGUGUAUUAACAUAACGGUUUUCUUGUAUUCUAGGCCGCAAAAUUACCGAUGUCUAUAAUCAUUGUUGGAAUUGGAAACGAAGACUUUGAAGCUCUUUCAGCUAUGAUCAUCUUGGAUGGUGACCACAAACGAGUGUCUUUUAAGGGACAAGUGGCAGAGAGAGAUAUUGUGCAGUUUGUUGCCUUCCGAGACUUCCUCGAUCUUUCCCGAGACAACGUAAUAAACAGCCAACUUCUUGCGAAAGAGGUGCUUGCCGAGAUCCCAGAACAGUUUAUAGGGUACAUGAAAAGCAAACACAUUUUUCCAAAUAUAACAAGAAAAUUAUCAGACUUGAAAUUGAAGAUAACCCAAGUUUAAACGUUUUUUUUUUUUUUACAAGCCUGAGCAUCAGAGGGUUAAUAGUAAAACGUAUUCCCAGUUGGGAAGACAGCGAAUGAGUUAUUUGGACUUUUUCAUUUUCUUUUAAUUCUAACACGUUAUUUUAAAACUAACAAAGCUGACUUGUCUAUUUAUUAUCCUGGACCAAAGAAGAAACUAAAAUAUUGAUACCAUAUGAUGUGAUAGAUAUGAUAUAAUAUUAUAUGAUAUAAUAUAAUAUGACAGAGCGCUUACAUUAUACAUUGUGAUAGAAGCUUACAAUCGAUACGAUGGCAUGCACAUUGCACAUGGCAACCUUGUUUAAGUCUUAACGACUGGAUCUAUUACUUCUGCAUCCAAGUAGAGAUUCACUGUUUUCCAACCUCAACUGUAAAUUUGACACAGAAAAUACAUGGAAAAUUUUCUUCUUUUUUGUCACCACAACGUCACGUAUAUACUGGUGGAGGUUCUACUAUACACUCCUUACGUAGGCUUGUUGUGUAAUAUACGCAAACGAACCAUGUGCAAGAUAACCGGUGCAGUGCUGUGUUU